GCCCAAGCCCAAGGCCAAACCCAGUCGCUUGCAAUUGCAAAAGCGUAAACCCUAAAACCUUCGGUCUUCCCUCUUCUCAAGUCGGCUAUUCCAUUCCAUGGCGCAGACAGCACAGACGCCAGAGCACCCAGCGACCACCAGAGCAGAUAGCGCCACCGCACCAGUUCGGCAGUCCAACUCAGCGGCAGGGCGGUGACCUUUCUCCCCUAUCGCAGCACAACGCGCCUCCACAAGCUAGCUAAAAGAUCCAGUGAAGUGCUUGGGGAGUCGUGUCAAUGGCUUCAACGAUCGGCGCCGUUGAGAAGGUUAAGGAGACCGUCGAGAAGGCCGUCAAUGCCCUCGUCAAAUGGAACAGCUCCAAGUCCAAGAAUGAGAAACCCCAACUCCUAGACGAAGACCACUUCGUCUACCUUGUCCUAACCCUCAAGAAAAUACCUUCGAAGGUUCCCACAAACCCAUUCAAAAUCCCCAUCCCACACCCUCUCCAUACUCCAUCUACCUCUGAGCUCUGUCUCAUCAUCGACGAUCGACCCAAGUCCAAUCUCACAGCGGAGGCCGCGAAAAAGAAGGUAAAAUCUGAAGAUAUCCCGAUUUCGAAGGUCCUCAGGUUAUCCAAGCUCAAAACCGAUUAUCGUGAAUAUGAGAGGAAGCGGAAGCUCUGUAACUCGUAUGGUAUGUUUUUGGUGGAUAAGCGGAUUGUUCAUCUUCUCCCGAGGCUGUUGGGGAAGCAAUUCUUUAAGAAGAAGAAGACUCCGGUGCCAGUGGAUUUGACCCAAAAGAACUGGAAGGAGCAAAUUGAGAGGGUGUGUGGGUCGGCGUUGCUAUAUUUGCCGACGGGCACUUGUAGUGUGGUGAGAGUGGCGAGGGCCUCGAUGGAGAGGGAGGACAUUGUGGAGAAUGUGGUUGCGGCAAUUAAUGGGGCUGCCGAGUUUGUGCCCAAGAAAUGGGCGAAUGUGCGGUCGUUUCAUCUGAAGUUCUCGGAGUCUUUGGCCUUGCCGGUGUAUCAGGCAUUGCCGGAUGCAAGGUUGAAGAUUGAGGGAAUCAAGAGUGAUCAGAUGGGGACUAAAGAGGAAACCAAUGAGAAGGAGGCUAUUAAGGUAAAAGCAGAAGAGAAACUGGGUAAGAAGAAGAGUCUGAAGAAGGGGAGGAUCCAUGAAGUUUGCUACAUGGAUAAUAAUGUUGAUGAGUUGUUGGGUGGAGAUGAAGUGGAUACUGGUGGUGAUGAAAGUGACCGAAUAAUUAAUGGGAGGGAGAAUGAUGAAACGGGUAGUCAUGAAUUGGGAAGUAAGAAGAGAAAGAAGGGAGGUUUGAUGAAGGAAUCUGCUUUUGCCAAGCCAAGUGAUGACAAAAAGUUGAAGAAAUUGAAGAAUGUUAAGACCGGAGCUGGUGUGAAGCAGAAGAGAGAUGGAUUAUCCUUGGAGAGAAAAGCUGGGAGGUUGAAGAACGUUGAAGUGAAGCUGAAUGAUACUAAAAGGAAGAAAAGCAAGUCAGUGGAGUGAUCUGUUUGGAAGGUAAGAUGCGAACUGCCUUAUUUAACAUAACCGAAGCUCCAAGAGUGGCCUUGGGAGAAAUUCAUUAUUACUCGGCUUCAUAUGAUAGAGUUUCUUAUUUGUCUUCUUUGUUAGAUUUUAUUUUAAUAUUCAGUUUUGGCAUUCUUCUUGUUA